UCGAGAAAAUAUUUUCCAUUAAAACAAAUUUGUAGAUAACUAUAAUAUACAAUUUUAUAUAUUAAUUACUCUCCUAUACAUUGCACAUACAAUGCUUCUGUCGUUUCUUUUAAAUUCUAUAAUUUUAAUUUUUGGACCAAUUUUAUUAUUUAAUUUUAAUUUAUCAAACACAUAUGUUUCAAGUACCAAAAACAAUUAUUGAACAGCGAAAAAAGAGAUUUGUAAUAUUUGAAAAAUGUAAUGACACCGUACGUAAAAAGCCCCAACCAUCACAAACCUAAAGUCACGAAUUUUUCGGUGAAAUAUACAAACAUUUCGUCUCGACACUAACCGCCUCACACACUGUCCGUGCAAUCGCGAAGUAAAUCGCCGAAGGCACCGGUAGACUACGAAUACGAAUAGAAUUCGAAUACAUUUUUCCGCGUUGGAAAAUGGUCACGCGGUUCGCGAUUUUUCGUAGGGAAAAAAGCCGAGAAGGCGGUUUGGCUUGGUGACUCCGGAGGUAACUUUAAAGUCAUCGCCUCGGUCCAACUCGAGGGCCACUUUGACGUACUACGUAUACGGCGGAUGCGCGCGCUCCACCACCGCUGCACGCCGUCGCGACGCCAUCCCCCCACCUCGGGGGACGACGACGCCGCCGUCCUUCGUCGGCAGAGAGACGACGUCGCUUUCGUUGGCGAUCUCAGUCCCGUACGCGCGACGUGCCGCAGCCGAGCCGCCUCUCGGAGCCCCUCGUCUCAUCCGUCUGUCACACGGGUCGGUCACGGGGGACCGACGCGAGCCGGUCGACGAUGGCGAGCCGUCUAUGACGGUGAGGUCAUCGGGUGAGGGCAACCGCGAUGAAGGCCCGACCGUACCGCCGAUGAUCCAUUCGCGAACGCGGCGACAGGGAAAACGCCCUCUGCCUUCGCGGCGCGUUCCCUGCCUGACCUGACCUUUCGCUGAAGACAGAGAGAAAGAGAGCGUGAGAGAGGGUGAGAGAGAGGGUUGAGAGAGAAGUCGAGCGAGAGGGAACUCGUGCUCGUGCGAACGCACCGGACAACGUAGUGUGCCUAUUGUGCGAGACCGCCCGUCGUCGUCGUCGACUCGUCGGGGGUGUACCUUCGCGGCGAGCGCCGUCGUCGCCAUCGUCGCAGCGCUCGGCGACAUGGAGAAUGCGGAGGAUCGGACCAGUGCCGUCGAGAUGUCGCGGAAGACCUCCGAGACAUGAGGAGAGCGCGACCGAGGAUCGCAUGGGUUACUUUAAGUCGGGGCCGGCGGUAGCAGAGCCGUGAUCAAAAUGAACUUGAUAAACAUGGACGCGGAGAACCGCGUGGUUCUGAAUGUGGGCGGAAUCCGGCACGAGACGUACAAGGCGACCCUGAAGAAGAUCCCGGCGACGAGGCUCUCGAGGCUGACCGAGGCCCUCGCGAACUACGACCCGAUCCUCAAUGAGUACUUCUUCGACAGGCACCCGGGUGUCUUCGCCCAGGUACUCAACUACUAUCGCACCGGGAAGCUGCACUACCCCACGGACGUAUGCGGCCCGCUAUUCGAGGAAGAGCUCGAUUUCUGGGGGCUCGACUCGAAUCAGGUCGAGCCCUGCUGUUGGAUGACCUACACGCAGCACCGGGAUACGCAGGAAACGCUGACGGUCCUCGACAGGCUGGACCUCGACACCGAGAAGCCCACCGAGGAGGAACUGGCUAGGAAAUUUGGUUUCGAGGAGGCGUACUACGAGGGAACUCUCACGCGGUGGCAGAAGCUCAAGCCCCAGAUGUGGUCACUUUUCGAUGAACCCUACUCCUCCGUCGCGGCUAAGAUAAUCAGUAUAAUCUCCGUUUUCUUCAUCUGCGUUUCGAUACUUUCGUUUUGCUUAAAAACCCAUCCGGACAUGCGAGUACCGAUGAUCGUGAAUCGUUCGGUAAAGAUUGACAACGUGACGUCUUGGGUGGUGGACAAGACUCGCACCAAUGCCCACGAUGUCUUCUUCUACAUCGAAUGCGUCUGCAACGCCUGGUUCACCCUUGAGUUCUUGAUACGUAUCACCGCGAGCCCGAACCGUUGCGACUUCAUCAAGAGCUCGGUAAAUCUGAUCGACAUGGUCGCGACCCUGAGUUUCUACGUCGACCUGGCGCUGCAGCGGUUCGCGGCCCACUUGGAGAACGCCGAUAUCCUCGAGUUCUUGAGCAUCAUACGGAUAAUGAGGCUGUUCAAGCUGACGCGCCACUCCUCGGGCCUGAAAAUCCUGAUACAGACCUUUCGGGCCUCGGCGAAGGAGCUUACGUUGCUGGUGUUCUUCCUCGUCCUCGGCAUUGUCAUCUUCGCAAGCCUCGUGUACUACGCGGAGCGCACUCAGUACAAUCCGAAGAACGACUUCAAGAGCAUACCCCUUGGUCUGUGGUGGGCCCUGGUGACGAUGACGACCGUCGGUUAUGGGGACAUGGUGCCGAAAACGUAUAUCGGGAUGUUCGUCGGCGCUCUCUGCGCAUUGGCCGGUGUCCUCACGAUCGCCCUGCCCGUGCCCGUGAUCGUUAGCAACUUUGCGAUGUAUUACAGUCACACGCAGGCGCGAGCCAAGCUACCGAAGAAGAGACGCCGUGUAUUGCCGGUCGAACAGCCACGUGUGAGGGCACCCGGCGCGCCGCCCGGCGUGGCCGGCGGGCCCGGGACCGUCGGGCCCCCAGGCUGCGGCCAGCAAAUGUCACACUUGCAGUCCAGCGGGGGCGCGGUUACCACUGGGCCCCACGGCCUCGGCAUGGGCCAAACGCCCGGCGUCGGAUGCACUGGCGGCGGCCAAGGACCGCAGAACCGGAGAAUGAACGCCAUUAAGACGAAUCAUCCGAAGGAUCCAUUCGCCACGAAAACAGUGGGUUGCAGAGGAAGACCGGAGGAAUUGUAACCUACGAACCAACGGGACCAAGAGAGCCGGAGGUUUGGAUUAACCAUUUGCGGUAGUAGCGUGCUCACAGACAGUGGGUAUCUCUCACAACUGGUGUCGGAAUUAUUUUGGAGCGAACGACGCGCGGCGUGUAACAUACACAUAUACACACACACACACCUAUAAUCAAAGAUCGUCCCUGAUGAAAUCCCCGUGAAAUUACCAUUGGGCACUUGCUUUGGCAAUGGGGAGAAAGAAAAGUGUAAAAUAUAUCCUCGCUGCAUCGAAGCAUCACACACGGCUUCCGUUGCCCAUAAUUUUCAACGGCUAGGCAAAAAUAAACACUGCCGGCGAAGCGUGGCGGCCGAGACCCGACGUGUACAAUCGUACAACCGAUGAAAAAUUCUUGCGGCGGCUGUUACUAGAUAUACACGACCGCAAAGGGUCUAUCUAUUAUUUAUCUGGAAGGUAGAAUUAGGAAUAAGAAACGGAAGGCAGAGACCGUCGAGGCACCGCGGUGCCUGAGAGAAGGGAUUUGGCCUAUCAGAGGACAUCGGGCUCGACGGUUGCUACCCUCCGCUUCACGAUCUUAAUUCUACAUACCGAAUAUUGUACAUAUACCGUCGGGACGAUGAUGUGAUUUGCGAGAGAAUCUCUCGACGGUUAUACCACGAGCCAUCAUAUUGAAUUAAAUAAGCAAAUUGUGUAGAAAGUCAAGGAGAACUUGCGUAGCUAGUAGAGAAACUUUCCUCCUUCCUUCGCUUCAUAAUUUGUAUUUUUUAAUAUUUAUAAGAAAGCGAUAAUACGUUUCAUUGAUAAGCAAAUGAAUGAAUCGAUGUAUUGACACACUGUAUAUCGUUCAUAAUCGAAGAAUCUUCUCGAUUUGAAACUCGAUAUAGACCGUUUUUUCCCUUCGCGUUUAGCAUAGUGGACGCCGCAGUUUAUAAUUUCCGCUGGAGUAAUUUUGUAUUUUUAUGAUUUAUCGUUUUCUCUCCGCCUUCUUCUUGAAUAUUUACUUAAAAGAAAAAAGAAGAACGCACUAAGUAAUUACGAAAUAUUAUUACGGGUGCUCGUUAGACAAACUUUUAUAUAGAGACGCGAGAAUGUUUUCAACAUUUAUUCCUAACCGCUUUUUCUUCUUCUUCUUCCUGUUUCUCAAAUUUAUCUUUAAUUUCGUCUCGUUCCGAGUACAGCGAUUAAUAAGCAAAUAUGAAACGAAAAUAUCCCACACAAGAGUGCAGCCGAAUGUCUUAUACCGUCCACCAGACCACCGUGUUUGUGACUCACGUAAACAUCGCAUCACCCAUCGCUUCUAAAUUUAAGAUAGUUGAUGAUCUAAGGUACAUUGUGGCAAAAGAUAUGUUGCGCACAGUAGAAACGGGGACGUAAACUUUAUUAUCUUUGAAGCUAUAUACGCGUUUCCAUUGUCGAUAUCAUCACCCGGUCUAUACACAUUACCCCGAUUAAAGAGGGAAAAAAAUCGAUUUACUCAUCGUGGAGGGACCUUCGUCCUAUCUUCCUAGCGAUCGUCUAUAUCGCGCGCCUACAUUAUUUCUAUCGUUAGUGUGUCAUUCUCGUGGAACUCGUGUAAACGGUAAAUCGAAUGAGCGACAGUGGAAAUUGCAUUCCUGCAUCGCAAGCUCGUUUUAUAUAGCAGGCGAGAUACACCGGAUAGAUGCCACCGUAUCUUUUGGUACACAUCCCGCCGUAGAUCUUCUCACUAAUCCGUGAACCCGUACACACACACACAUACACACACACACACACACACACACACACACACACACGUGACCAUUGUUCACUUUUGCAUGUUUAGCAUCGGAUGUGUUUUGAUCGAUCCCACGGUCCGCAUUCUCACCGCAUAUUUACCGAUAAAUGCAGCCGCUGGUGGUUCCUCCCCUACCCCCCAACCCUCCUCAUCAUUGUCGAUGAUUAAUUUUUGACACAUUGUACACUUUAUAUCGGAAUCAUUCGCGGCCACGCAAUUCGAUACCACGGUGAUUUAGCGACAUAAAUGAGUGGUGAAAAUGUGGACACGAUGGACGUCGUUUAUUGACACCCGAGAAUCUCGAUCGCGAAUCGAACGGUCGCUUUUAGUGGCGAAUGCGGUGAGGGUGCGGACCUGUAUCACCUUCGCGCACCGUGAAUAUCGCCGGGACCAAUCCACGAGAGCUCCUCCCCACCCCUCGGUACGUUCGAAAUAUCGUUUGUAAUAUCAGUGGAAAAGAACAGCUCCCUGUUCUUGUCUCCCUCGCGGCCGGGGAGUUACUCGUAUAUCGCGGCUCCACCGCAUACAGCGUCGGACGAAGAGCAUCUCUUCUUCCGCGUAAUACGUAUACAUAUAUCUGUUGUGCCUGGGAACAGGGGGGUGGAAGGAAGUGCAGGAAGGGACGACAAAAGCAUAUCAUAUUAGGUGCGAUCGAGUGUACGGAUCUCGCGAGCAGUUGGCGGACGCUAUCUACAUAGACAAUCGUCGCUUCUUCGGUAAAAUUAAUCGUAUAUACGUUACGUGUUUCCGUCUUCUCUUCCCCCCCCCCCUCCCUUUUCUCGGGUGACUCAAGGCGGGACAGCCGUUUCUCCUUUGGACCAAAAUUGCAAUUGAUUACAUUUUGCAAAUUUAAAAACGACCAUUGUAUCUAAAACACGUAUGUGCGUUUUAUUUCAUUUAGACACAUUCAUGGGGCAUCUCGACAUAACAUAAAAAUCAUAAUCAAUACUAGCGUAUUGAGACUGUAAAAGAAUUUAGAGAAGAUUUUAGAUUAAUCCCCGUGCACAUUUCAAAUCAGAUUAAACCACAAGCAUUUUGGUUUAUUCCAAUAUUGAAUAAUACAAUAUUACAAUAAUAACAUAAUCUCUCCACGUGGAACAUAGGUGUAUUAAUGACAUAAGUUAUAAUCCUGAUAUUUUAUUACGCACAAUCGUAACGUUAUUUCUAUACAUUAAAAUAUGUACGCAUACAUUUACUUCGGUAAUUAAUUUUUUACGGGGCGGUGUUAAUAAAUGCAUUCGUACAUCGGGUACACGAUUUUACUUAUAAAUUACUGCCGUUUCCCAUUUUGAUGGCUUAAAUAUGUCGAAGCUUUUCCUUGCCAACAUUUUUUGCUUUAAAUCUUGUCCUUUAAUAUUCAUUUGCUUAAAAUGCAAUGAUGACGUUAGUUGAUAAGAUUACUUACUUUUUAAUUAAAAAAUGUACGCGCAAAAUCACUACGCGUGUUGUUUUACAAUAAAUAAAAUACUGCCCGGUAUUAUAUAUUUGCACGUAAUUUUUAAGUUAUACACAUAUUAAAUUCGUUUAUACCAAGAACUAAUCAGAAAGAUACGAUUGAUGUGUCGUUGAAGAGAAAAAUUAGUUAAAGAAUAAAAUUAUGAAA